AUGGUUUCGCCAACAAAGCGUAAAUCGCUGCACCACUCCGUUUCCAGGAACGAACGCUCACGUCCAUGGAAAUCUGAGCGGACACCCCAGCUUGGGCAGGCCGACUGUCUACCGAUCCAAAAGAAAACGCGGCCCCUACCUCUGGAUCAGUACCGGAAGAGACGACGCACACACGACGAGUCUCAAAAGGUGCUGGCUCCACGAUCUCCCCCUCCGGCUCCACGGACUCCCUCGCCGAUUCCACGGACUCCCUCACCCGCUCCUGUCGUGGAACCUGACGCUCCUAAAACAUCUUUGCCCGUUCCCAUCGGUGGAACCCCAAAGCGUCAAAGACCCCUCACGCCGCGAGUCACCCUGUCGCCGUCAGACUACGUGGAGAAUAUUCCGCCCAAAUCCUUCCGAAGUCUGAUGACGCAAACUGUGCCGACCCUGUGCGAUUUUGGCACACAGACGGAUCCCGUCCCUUCACCAAAACCCCUCGCUAAUUACUAA